GUCAAAGACAGAGCCAGGAGAAGAUGUAAUGAUUCGAGGUUGCAGCUUCUUGCAUCAAACCUCCCCAGCCCGGGCUGGACUGCAGUCGAGACUUGGACUGCCACGAAUCGGUCAGGCGGAGUUGCUGUCGAAGGCCGAGGCAUCACAGCGAGAGCACCAGGAGGAGCAGAAGGUCUUGGACGCCGAGUCUGGGGCCUUGCAAGAAGCUCAAGUGAGGUUGCGGCGGGAGCAACUGGAACUGGAAGCACUGCAGUCUGCCUGGGAGAAGAUGCAGAAGCAGCAGGAAGUUUCCUCACAAGAAGUUAUGGUGCUCUCCCUUCACAGCGAAGAGAUGCAGGCGAUCUACGCCGCAGAUGCUUCGGAGGCCAAGGAAAUGCGCGCGCAGCACCUGGCAAUGCAAGAGCAGAGGAGAGAACUGGAGGUGGAGCUGCAGCUUCAAAAAGGCAGUGCCAUUGAAACACAGGAGGUGGUGGACGAGCUGCGAAGAAGGAAGGCCGAAGCUUCGAGAGCCAUCAAGGCACGCGCCUUGGCGGAGAUGGAGCAGGCCCGAGGACUCCUUCAGGACUCGGGCGUCAGCUACGAGGCCGUGAGCCUCGCUUCGCCCAGGAGUGAAUAGCUGCUGACCGCAGUGAGGUAGCUAUUGUGUGCAAAAAGGAUCGUCUUCCAUUUGGAGAUGUCAAGACUCCACGAGACUGUAUUGAC